GAAACCCAGUGAGAUUGGAGGGGUUCAGAAGGAGAGCAGCUCCGCUUUGAUUGGAGGAAGUAAUUCAUCAACAAAGAAAGAUGGCCGAAGUGAUAGAGCUGCACAAGCUGAAGCUUGCUGAAUUGAGGCAGGAGUGCGAGGCCCGAGGUCUGGAGACCAAGGGAAACAAAGGGGAACUAGUCGCACGACUCCAAGCCUACUUGGAUGAGCACGAGGAUGAUGUGGACGUAGAUGAUGUGCUGGCAGAAGAUGCAGUGGACUUCACUAAAGUUGAGAGUUCGAACGACGUAAAAGAGGACAAGAUUUCUGAACCUGCCGAGUGUGAGGAACCUGCUGAUAAGAAGGUGGUCAAAAUAACUCCCCCGUCAACUGGCAGUGAAAGACUACAGAAGAGGGCAGAACGUUUUAACAUGCCGGCAUCAUCUGAAAGCAAGAAGGCCAUACGUGCAGCAAGGUUUGGUUUACCCGCUGAUGCUGCAAGUCCAUCUCCAGGUCUUGUUGCCAACAGUAAAGCUGCUGUAAGUGUUGAUCAGCUGAAGAAGAGAGCGGAACGAUUUGGCAUGAACGUUUCAUCUAUUUCACAAAAGGUGACUAUUGAAGAGGAUGAGAAACUGAAGAAGCGCAAGGAGCGGUUUGGGAUCUUAACAAGUGCAGGUUCAGCCGGUGCCGCCGACGUCGAGGCGAAAAAAAUGAAGCGUGCCGAAAGAUUUGGAAAAGUGUAAAUAAAUGUUGGAGGCCGUUUUUUUUGUAAAGCGUUUUCAUGACUGUACACCAGAGAUUCCCGAAGGUGGCUGAUAGGAUUUCUGUAAAUCAAAAGUGCGCUAGAAUACGUGGAUGAAUGAGAUUUAAAUAGGAAGCAUUCAGAAAAAUUACAAUUUAUUUAGUGAACCUCAAAUCACUGGACAAUUCAAACCAUUUAUAAUUUACAGGGCGAUCAUUUUCUGUGUCCUGGGAGGCCUUCAAGCAGCACAGCAGUAUCUGAGGACAGGCUGUUAAUUCUUUGUGUUAAGAUUUCAUUGCCGCACUAUUGACAUGUGUGUAAUUUUUUUUUUUUUUAAUUAAACAAAUACAGUUGGUCUAGUCAGGAAACUUCCUGCAGCUGCUUCUCAGAAAGAGCCCUACAGUAGAAUAUUUUGUUCUCUACAUCCCAGGUGAUUUAAUGAACAACGAAUCUCAAACCACCUUUGCUUUUAUAAGUCAAACUAAAUAUUUUUAUUUUGAAGCAGCUGCAGAAAGCUUCAUAUUAGGCAACAAGGAGGCCCCCUGCUUCUUUAUUUGAUCGGGUUCAUUUAAAUCUAAAUUGGAACAUUUUUGACCUUAUUUGUGUUGGAUUAGUUCAACCCGACUGUUACACUUUAAACAAACCAUGUUAAAAAAUGUGGUGGUAACAGAAUAUAACUAAAACUGAACCGGCUUCUUCUGGAUGUAAAAGUAAUCUGCCAUCUAAAAAUGUCCUUAUUGUUGUCAUAUAUUGACUGGGAAAAUGGAAUGCUUCGGUUAUAACAUAGACAUAUGAUUUUAAAUCAACAUAUCUGGUAACAAUAGCCACUGAUUAGUACCUCUGUGUGUAUUUCAGGUACUUUUGAUUGAUCAGACACCCUGUUGAGUUCUUGUUUUCUGUUUGGGCAUCAUAUGGUUACGGUGCUUCAGUUAUCUGUCCAUUUUAUAACAUUUUGUGAUUUAAAAUAAACUGUUUUCAAUUUUUUGAAA